CUCUUGCUCUUUCUCUCUCGCUCUCGCAGGCCCUUCCUCGCUAGCUUGCCCGGCCGCGUCCGCGCGCGCAGGCGGUGGCUGGCUGCCCCAGACGCAGCAUGCAGGCGCGCUACUCCGUGUCGGACCCCAACGCGCUGGGAGUGGUGCCCUAUCUGAGCGAGCAGAACUACUACCGCGCGGCCGGCAGCUACGGCGGCAUGGCCAGCCCCAUGGGUGUCUACUCGGGCCACCCGGAGCAGUACGGCGCGGGCAUGGGCCGCUCGUAUGCUCCCUACCACCACCACCAGCCCGCGGCGCCCAAGGACCUGGUGAAGCCUCCCUACAGCUACAUUGCGCUCAUCACCAUGGCCAUCCAGAACGCGCCCGAGAAGAAGAUUACCCUGAACGGCAUCUACCAGUUCAUUAUGGACCGCUUCCCCUUCUACCGGGAGAACAAGCAGGGCUGGCAGAACAGCAUCCGCCACAACCUCUCGCUUAACGAGUGCUUCGUCAAGGUGCCGCGCGACGACAAGAAGCCGGGCAAGGGCAGCUACUGGACGCUGGAUCCGGACUCGUACAACAUGUUCGAGAACGGCAGCUUCCUGCGGCGGCGCCGGCGCUUCAAGAAGAAGGACGUGCCCAGAGAGAAGGAGGAGCGCGCGCACCUCAAGGAGCCGCCCCCGGCUGCAGCCAAGGGCGCCCCGGCCGGGCCCCCCCUAGCGGACGCCCCCAAGGAGACCGAAAAGAAGGUGGUGAUCAAGAGCGAGGCGGCGUCGCCGGCGCUGCCGGUCAUCACCAAGGUGGAGACGCUGAGCCCCGAGAGCGCGCUGCAGGGCAGUCCGCGCAGCGCCGCCUCCACGCCCGCCGGCUCACCCGACGGCUCGUUGCCCGAGCAUCACACCGGGCCGCCGAACGGGCUGCCAGGCUUCAGCGUGGAGAACAUCAUGACCCUGCGAACGUCGCCGCCGGGCGGCGAGUUGAGCCCCGCGGCGGGGCGCGCUGGCCUGGUGGUGCCGCCGCUGGCGCUGCCCUACGCCGCUGCGCCGCCCGCAGCCUACGGGCAGCCGUGCGCGCAGGGCCUGGAGGCCGGGCCGCCCGGCGGCUACCAGUGCAGCGUGCGCGCCAUGAGCCUGUACACCGGCGCCGAGCGGCCUGCGCACAUGUGCGGCCCUCCUGCCCUGGACGAGGCCCUCUCGGACCACCCGAGCGGCCCCACGUCGCCCCUGAGCGCCCUCAACCUCGCCGCCGGCCAGGAGGGCGCGCUCGCCGCCGCGGGCCACCAUCACCAACACCACGGCCACCACCACCCGCCCGCGCCGCCGCCCCCGCCGGCUCCCCAGCCACAGCCGGCGCCGCAGCCCGGGGCUGCCGCAGCCCAGGCGGCCUCCUGGUAUCUCAACCACAGCGGGGAGCUGAACCACCUCUCCAGCCACACAUUCGCCGCCCAGCAGCAAACUUUCCCCAACGUGCGGGAGAUGUUCAGCUCCCACCGGCUGGGCAUUGAGAACUCGACCCUCGGGGACCACCAGGUGAGCAGCAAUGCAAGCUGUCAGCUGCCGUACAGGUCCACGCCGUCGCUCUACCGCCACGCAGCCCCUUACUCCUACGACUGCACGAAAUACUGACUCCCCUGGGCCUCCCCUGCCCCCGGCCCGCUCCAGCUUUGCUUCCCAGACCCGGCCCUCCCAGACAGUUAAGGCUGCAGAGACGCAAAAAGAAACCAAACAUGUCCACCCACCUUUUCUCAGACCCGGGAGCAGAGAGCCCGGCGCGCCAGCCCUCUGAGAAGCUGCAGGUAACUUUAAUUCGCCGCCCCGUUUCUGAGAUUCCAGGAAGUGCCUCUAAAGGGGUGAAUACUGAUUUUUAAAUCCCCCUCCCCCGCCAUAUAAGCAGGAUGGCUGUGAUCGGCUCCUCUCGGGUUUUCAAAAAAUUAAGUUAUGGACCAAAUCCCAUAGCGACCAGUAAUGACUUUCUGUAGAGACUCACAUAGACGUGUGUAUGUGGGCCUCUAUAGAUUAAUGUACGUGCUGUGUGUAAUUUUAAAUUUCUCUAACCGUGCUGUACAAACGUGUGGAUUUGUAAUCAGGCUAUUUGUUGUUGUUGUUCAGAGCCAUUAAUAUAAUAUUUAAAGUUGAGUUCACUGGAUAAUUUUUCAUCUUGCCCAACCAUUUCUAACUGCCAAAUUGAAGUAGGGAAACUUAGGCGGUUUUUUUCACCUUGUACAAUUAUGCGAUAUAAUUCUCUUCUCAGCUGUAGGUCUUUUACAAAACAAGAAAAUAAUUUAUUAUUUUUGUUGUCAGCGGAUAAUGAAGUCAAGUAUCUGAUACUUUUUAUUUACAAAGUGUGAUGGUUUUGUAUAGUAGACUUCACCCUGAGAAUUCCUAAAAGAAAGAAAGAAAAAAAAACUUCAAAAAAUUUAACUUCACCUGUGUUUGUCUUACAUGGUCUUAAUUGUUGUACUUACCUUAAAAUAAAUCCAUGUUGUUUUUCUGCCCAAAAUUCGGACAGUGUGUGUUCUCGCAUUUUUUAAAAAAUGAGGUGUGUUUGCAAACCCACCUGUUUUGAUUAUUUUUGUUACACCGGUGGGCAUAUGUGUAGACUUAUACAGCUCAUCACAGAACAGUGAUAUUGAGUGUGGGAAAAGCUUUUGAUUAAUUAAAAAAUCCCACCCUGGCCAAGAAAAUUCAAGUCACCAGCCAGUUGGAUGGGGGCGACUGAGGACUUUGCGGGGGUCAUUUGCUGUGAUACAUUUUGUUAAAUGCAGAAAAAACAUGCCCGUGGUCAGAACAAACAGUGCCACUCCAUCUGAGUUUCCAGCCGUCCCCAAUUCAGGGGGCAGGAUAAACAUUUCCCCUUUGCUAACUACUACUGAGGGGAAGUCUCACUGUCCCUGUCCCCUGAAAUGCAGGCUUUCUUGCCCACUUCCAUGGGUCUCCAGAAAAGAAUAUGAACUGGGCCAGCAAAGGUUCAAAGAGAAGUCCACAGCAUUUCCCUCUUGUUCGGCGGUGGAACUCAGACCUCUGUACUUCGGGAUUUGAUUUAGAAAUCCUUUCCUGUGUCAUGGUCAAAAAUUUCAAAACCUCACUGCCCUUCAAAAACAACUUUCAAUGCUUAUGCGAUUCUAAAUGCCUCAACGUUUCAAGACUUUCAGGAACAGGGAGACUAUUUUUCUUUUCCAUUGUGAUUUCUUGUCUUUUAAAUUUUUAAAUAGCAACGUAGCCUUGGCAAAAUGUGGCUAGGGGGAUGGCUUUAUUCUGUUUCAUCGGCUGAAUACCGCAACUCCCCCACUGACUUCGGAGUUCGAAUUUGGAGGCCAGAGCUUCACCAGCCCCUACCCCAGCAGGUGAGCUGUAAUUUGCCAAGGUAAAGUUCCUGCGAACUUAACACUUCAGGUGGAAAAGAUUUUCCAAAGGGCAAUUUUGCUCCAUGCGGUGGCAUUGCAGGUAACCUGGGUGUUGGUGUUGUUGGUGUUGUUUUAAACGUGGCAUUUUGUCUUCACGCUCUGCUGAAACAGACUUGGGGGAAAGCUGGAGGCAUACCCCCCUCCCCGAUAUGUGCAAUCCCUGAUUCUUUCAAUGUAUGUUAUCAAAGCAGGCAAGUGGUCAGGACUUAGGGGUCAGGACAGGUUUUAUUCCUUUCCAUAGCUCCCUGGAGAGGGAGUCUGGUGCCCGGCUUUCAGCAGGCCUCCCACACCACACGUUUUUUGGUUGAGUGAGCAGACACGGGAGCUAAAAAGAGAGAGGGGACCUCUCUGAGCUGUGGAGUGAGGUGGUCUCAAGCUGGUCACCGCCUCUGCCACUCGGUUUCAUUUUGCCCCUGCUGUCUUUAAGCUCUUUGCCACCAGAGAAGAGGAGGGUAUUCUGGAUCCUGAGCAAGCUGGCCUCCUCCUGCCCCAGAUGUUCCAAAGAUGCCUUCCUGAAAGCUUUGCCCUCAUCUUAAGAUUUGGGACCCUUGGUUUUCCUGACGAGGCCUGAGACACACGUGGAAAAUAAAGGAGCUAGAGGCGCGGGGUUGGGGUGGUCUGAGACCCGUGUAGCUACUGAAAUCGCGCUGGCUUUUGCAGCUUUAGGAAGGCUCCCUAAAAAAGUCCCUGCUCUGCAUGGGUCGGCCAGCCCAAGUGGGCAGCUGGGGGGGUCCCCCCCUUGGAGGCAGGGCAAGGGGCCUUCCAUUCUCCUGGAACUUGAGCACUUUGGGGGGUUGUAUUUGCGGCUUGAUUCGGGCAUCUGGAGGAGGCGGAUGGUGAGCCAGGA